AUGUGGAUGCUAGGUUACAAUGAAGCUACUGACUUCAACAACAUGGCUGAUUAUCCUUUCAAUGGAAGAAAACUCAGACCUCUCAUUCCAAAACCACUCCCUACUACUUCCUCUUCUUCUUCUUCUCCUAACAACAACAUUUCAAAUACUACUCCUUCCUUAAACCGCAUUCAUGGCACCAAUGAUUUCUUUUCACAAUAUCACAAUCUUCACCAAGUUGGAGAUCAAAGCAAGAGAUCGGAGAUGAAUAACCCGGCUGCGGCUGCAGUUGUGGUGAGUUCGAGAUGGAAUCCGACGCCGGAACAGUUAAGAGCACUGGAAGAAUUAUACAGAAGAGGAACAAGAACACCAUCUGCUGAACAAAUCCAACAAAUCACUGCACAGCUUAGAAGAUUUGGAAAAAUUGAAGGAAAAAAUGUUUUCUAUUGGUUUCAAAAUCACAAAGCAAGAGAAAGACAGAAACGACGCCGUCAAAUGGAAUCCGCUGCUGAGUUUGAUGCUUCUCUUGAAAAGAAAGACCUAGGCUCAAGUAGGACAGUCUUUGAAGUUGAACACACCAAAAACUGGCUACCAUCCACAAACUCCAGUACCAGUACUCUUCCUCUUGCAGAGGAAUCUGUUUCAAUUCAAAGGGUAGCAGCAAAAGCAGAUCAGUACUCUAGAACAGAUGGAUGGGUCCAAUUCGAUGAAGCAGAAAGAAAAAACUUUAUGGAAAGGAAUGCCACGUGGCAUAUGAUGCAGUUAACUUGUCCUACCUUCAUAAACACCGCACAAUAUCCUAAUAAUUCUAAUUACAUCUCUUCUACUGCAACAGCUAGCAUGGCCACCACCACCUCUACCACAGUAACAACUAGACUAAUGGACCCAAAACUCAUCAAGAGGACGCAUGAUUUAAGCUUAUUCAUUUCACCUUUUCACUUAAGCACUAGUAGUAGUAGAAUCAACAACAGUACUCACAUUCAGCAUGAAGAUCAUUGUUUGGAAUCUGAUCAAACACUUCAACUUUUCCCAAUAAGGAACGAAGGAGAUAAUGGAUGCAGUGAUGAUAGCAUUAUUAACCAACACAAAGAGACAGAAAUAUCAGCUUCAGCAAUGAAUGCACCAAACCAGUUUAUUGAGUUUCUACCGUUGAAGAACUGA